UAAAUUACAGGUUUAUUCAUACUUAAAGUAUAUAACUAUUUUAGGAAGUAGUCUGUUUCUAAAACAAACUUGUGCCUAUUCACUAUGACUUAAUAAAGGUCUUUAAUACUAAUAGGACGAAUACUAAACACAAAACAUAUUCCUGCUAUGGGUUGAUCAAUAUUAUAAAAAUAAAUAAUACUAUUAAUUUGACACGUUUUAAUGUUUUGCAGUUUACAAAUUGGGUAUUGUUUUUCUCACCAGCCAUAAUAAGUUAAUUUUUCUAAUACUAAAUACAUACAAAUGUUACUCAUAUAAAGAUGCUUGUAUUAUUAUAGCUUGGAUGCAUUGUAUCUGAGAUUCAUUGGUACAGGCACUAGGCAGAGUUCAAAGUGUUGAAACAUAAUUAAUUUAACUGCUGCAGAACUACGUUGUGCUCACUAUCUUAAAUAUAUUUUAAAAUUACUAUGUUUUGGUUUAUGUUCAAUACAUUUUUAAUGAUUUCCGCUGUUUCGCAGGUACAUGGAUUAAAAAAAAAUUCAACAAACAUUUCAAAUGGUUUUGACCAAACGAAAAACGAUCCUAGUGUCUUGAUCCUCAAGGAUGUCCAUGGUAAUACGUACAAGUAUAUUUAUCCAAAUGAUAUGGACCAAUUUUCUAAGAUGAGUACUCUCGGUAAUAAAAAGUCUUCUACGGUGAUACAUUUACCACCGGGAAUAUUGAAAUCUGAAAACCCUUCUCGUGAUACAAGUUCUAAUCCUAUAGAUCAGCCGUACACAAGGAUAAGUUCUACGACGUCUGAGAGACCACGGACCAUCACUAUCCCAAAAAAUACAACCAACCAACAUAAACGGAAUUACACUGUCUUCCUUGAUACUAAUAAAGAAUCUCCUAUAUUGUCAAAGGCCAUAAUAAGACAGAUUGAUAAAGACAAUAGUACCAUUUCGAUAAAUUCGACCGAAUCGACUGAUACCAUUACUAUAAAUGAUGGUAAAACUGAAAACAAAGACGACGAAAAUGAUCCGAAUAACGAACCAUCAAUCCAUAAUAUUAGUUUUAUUGGAAGUUCAGAUGAUACACCAAUAUUAUCUAAAAUAAAUAAUGAAAAAUAUGAGAGAUCAGACGAACAACAGAAUUCGUACAAAUCGUGUGACAACCGUAACGGCUUAAUAUUAUUGGUUGAAAAUGAUAUUAAAUUGAAACUUUUUUUAAAUUCAAACGGAAUAUUGGGUAAAUCGUCUCUAGUGAACAGUAGAAAAAAUGCAACGAUAAAAUCAAAGGACGAACUUUCCACCGAAGAUGUCGUCAUAGAGAAUGAUGAUGAGUUUGAGUUUUCUACCUCAACAGGUGUUGGUGAUUGAUAUAAUAUUUCAUUAAAACUCCGAUGAUAAACUUGCAUUAAUUAUUUUAAGAGUAGCAAAGAAUUUCGGUUAAAAUGUAGAUUUACGUUCAAAAAUUAA